UCCUGAGCGCAAGCGAGACGCGUAACUGACGAAGAGCGUACAGACUUUACGCACAAGGACUGAAGUUUUGAGUUAAGUUUUAACUUCCAGCGUCUCCACUUAUCGCCUGCUUGAUCAUGCUCAACGAAGAAGAAAGAGAAGAAGCAAAAUAAAAAGACUGGCUGAAUGUGACUCAUAUACAUUAUUCUGCUGACUAUGAUUUACUGAAUGGAAGUGCGCUCCUCCGGGCUGUGGUGGAUAUAUGAUUGACUCCAGAACCCGUAACAUUUGCGUUAUAAAUUGCUUCGGGGGAACUGACUCCUAACCAUCGUGAUGGAGAGCUACUUAAGCUUCACAUGGAUGCUGUUGUGUCUGCUCCUGCGGCCGUCAGCUACACAAAAUCCCGCACCUGAAGGAGUGCUGAACUGUUGUGAGGGUGAUGUCCUGUUCUUACUGGAUUCCUCAGGGAGUGUGUCGUCCUAUGAGCACUCUCGCAUGCUCGCCUUCCUGUCUGAGCUCCUGCUCCCCUUUUCACUGGGAGAGGACAAAGUGAGGGUAGGACUUCUGCAGGUGGGCACCCAACCACGCCUAGAGUUUGGCUUUGACACCCACAGCACCCAACGUAACCUCCAGGAGAACUUGAGGAACAUCAAACCUCUCAGGGGGGACACCAACACAGUGGAGGCUCUGAAAAUGGCGAAGGAGCGGGUGCUGAGACCUGGAGAAGUAAACGGGGCCCGUGCAGGACUCCCGAGAGUCCUGGUGUGGUUGACGGAUGGGGUGAAACCUGGUGAUGUGAUUGGACCAAUGACUGAGCUACAGGAGGAGGGCGUGGCUGUGCUGGUGGUCUCCACUGGACAUGGCAACUUUUUAGUGUUGAGGCAAGUUGUGAGCCCUCCUGUGGAAAACCACCUGUAUUUUGUGGACAUUGAUGAUAUGAGUAUCAUUGCAGAAGACCUACGGAACGCCAUCAUUGAGAUUAUCCGAGCUGAGAGAAUCACUGUCCGCGACAUCUCUUCCAACUCUGCCACGCUCCAGUGGCGACCUGUUCUGUCCGGUUUGACGGGCUAUUACGAGGUCCGCUUUGCUCCACUUUCGACGGGAGGAACAGGAGGUGGCGGAGGAGGUGGCACUGGGACCAGUCCGAGUACUGGUGGUAGUCCGUACCAGAGACUAAUCCAGUCUGGAGAUUCCAGCUCUGCCAGGCUAACAGGCCUGAAGCCUGACACCACUUAUACUGCCAUACUGACACCGGAGUCUAAUGAACAAUCAUUUAACACACUCUCCGUCACAUUCACAACAAAGCCAGAGGUGAUGAGCCCAGCUGUGGUAAAGGUCUCUGAGUCGGGGGAAACCAGCGUUCGGGUGAAUUGGGGUCCGCUUCAGCCGGAGGCAGUCACAAGUUACUACAUUGAAUACUCCGCCCUGCCCCAUGGCAAGCUCCACACCACCACAGUGGGCCGAACACAAAACUCCACGCUCCUCAGAGACCUCCAACCAGACACCACUUACUUGGUCACCGUUACUGCCCGCUACGCCUCGGGCAAAGAGAAGGCCAUGUCUGUCAAAGUGUGUACUCAGGAAGUAACUCCAGCCCUGGCAGACCUCCAGCUGACCACAGUGGGUAGUGACUCAGUGCAGGUCGACUGGAAGGUCAGCAAUGCCGGUCUAAGGGGCUACUGGCUCACCUGGGAGGGACAGCAAAGCUCUGUCCCUGGCCAGCGCACUUCCUUCUAUUUGCCGCCUGACUCUCUGUCAACUCGCCUCACAAACCUCCCUCCAUCGACCAGAGUGUGUGUCUCGCCCAUUUACCGGACAGCUCGGGGAGAGGGACUGUGUUGCACAGCGCAGUUUCAUUCAGAUGCAUUAGCGUAUGGCUACCAUUCAUAGCACUUCUGAACUCCAAGUGCACCUUACCAAACAUGGAGGGACGAUGGUAAGAAGAAUGCUGACUUUCAUCCAUAAUUACUUUACCUGCUUUUCACCUCUGUGGAUAUCAUUCAGGAGAGACGUGUGGGUCAGCUUACUGAGCACUCAUGUGGAAGCCAUGGACACUUAAAGUCUGGAUUAAUAUGGCCACUUAUUGACUGCUACAAUCUGCAACACACAAGACUUCUUUAUCGUUUCAGUUGUCUCAUCUGGUUUACAAAUGUAGUAAGUGUAUAAGGCUGCAGUUUAAAGAUACAAUAAAGAUGUUUCUCUGGUCUGUUUUGCAGAUAAAGAGCAGGGCAGCCUGGGAAUGUUGGAUGUUUUAUGUAGCUUGCUUUGGAGAAAGGCUUUGCACCAUAUGUGGGCCUCAUGUCCAUGUUAGCAUUUUGUUUCAAACCCUGCUAAUACUCAGAGAACACCUGAUUUACAUUUAUAAUGAAUACAUAUCACUUGUAUUUAAAUGGCUUCUCUUUCAGUAUGUGCAUGCACACUGGAGUGUAACAAGGAAACAUUACCGUGUGGUCCCUAAUAACAGGAUCUUCAAGAACAUAAUGAAAUUACAAACAGAUUAACCAUUUGCCCUGAAACUACGGAAAUGCUGCAUAUUAUACAGAUGUAUGUAACAAAGGGUGGUCUUGUAUUAAACAGGCAUGCAUCACUCGUAUUUAUUAAUGGAGAAUCAUGUAAGUAUGAGAAUUAAUAGCGUACAGUAUUUCCAGAUAUGCCGUUUUACAACUGACACUGUCUUUGCUGCCCCCUACUGAAAGAUCCUUACAGGCUUACUAUUGAUCUGCCACUGUUAUUUUCUCAGAGCAAAUGUAUUAUGUUUGUUGACUACUGUUGAAAUUUAACAUGAGCUUGCAAUAAAGUCCUUUAAUAAUUUUGUUUAUAA